AUGUUCAGAGACAAAUCACUUCGUUUACUACUCGCUACUCUACUGGUCCUUUCAAUCAUUUAUCUAGUCUUCCUCAAUCUUACCUCCUUCUUUCGCUCCGAUCUCUGGCCUAGCACUCAAUUCUGCACUAACCAAACACCACCCCCAACUUCCUCCAUUCUAUCUAACCCAACUCAAUCUAACCUUACCCCACACAACCCCAUCCCACACAACUCCACCCCACACAACCCCAUCCCACGCAACUCCACCCCACUCAACUCCACCCUACACAACCAGGCCGCGCCAUCCAUCUACCACACAGACUCUGCCCUUUUCCUCUUUCAUCUAACCCAAUAUCAAUCUCUUCUUUAUGAAUUCCUCUCACAAAACGAGCACUUUCUUCGUUCAAUCACUCUUCUUAUCUUUAUUCAUUUGCCCCAACUAUCCUCUUCCACCCAAAUCCUCCAAGCCAUCAAAGACCUCCAAACCCAAUGCCAGUUUCUCAAUCCCAAAUAUCCCUUCGUUCAAUCCACCCCCACCCCCACCACGCACCAAGUCCAAGAAGUCCUAUCAGCCCAUCCUAACCUCCAUUUCUCCGAUCCCAAAUACCCCAUCAAAAUCUUCUUAAUCACCCAUUCUACCUCACCCAACUCCACUCCACCUAACCCCACUCCACCUAACUCCACACCAACCAACUCCACUCAACCUAACUCCACUCCACCUAACCCCAUUCCACCUAACCCCACUCAACACAACCCCACUCAACACAACUCCACUCCACCCACCUCUAUCCUAACCCAAUGCCAGACACUUCUCUUUUUCCAACCCAUCCAAAUCAUCUCUCCAGGAUCUACGCGUCUCCUUGAUGAAUACCUUAAAUCCACAGGCCGAUUCUAUCUUCCCCUCUUCCCCGCACCUACUCCUCCUUACUUUUGCACUCUUUUCGCACCAAGCACUCUCUCCCCACGAAUCAAAACCCCAUCUGAUACUUGUACCUGUCCUAUCUUCUAUAAAGUCCUUCACUUCCUACUCAACACUAUCUGGCCCCAACCCGCUUGUUCUUCCGCCCCUCCCCUGCCAACCUUAUUCCCAGACUACCUCAACCAACUCAACGAUACCAACCCCUAUGUCACCUCUACCCAUUCUUUCCUUACCUAUUUAGCCGUCAAUGAAAUUAGUCCCAGCCCUAUCAUGAAUCUCUUUUUCAAGAAAACUCAAUCUUAA